AUGGCCUCCUUCGGAAAGUUCCGCUUCCUCACGCUCAUCAAGCCGGUGCUUCACAUCCUGCCCGAGGUUGCGCCGCCGGACCGCAAGAUCCCCUUCAAGGCGCGCCACAGCCUCGCCGCCCGCAGUCAUGCGUACGCUGGACAGCACGCGACCUGUGCGAGCUGGCGCGAAUUCUAG